GACAAACUGGCAACAUGCAGCAGAAAAGCCGUUCAUAUAGAGGUAAGCGGUCAGCUGGUAAGCGAGAAAAGAAACGGCAACAUAUAUGUACCACCCCGCAGCGUUUGCUGUAAAGAUGAAAUGCAGCCAUUUGCGCUUCUGGCUAUAUAAUUUGUGAUCUCCAGAAAUGUAUACGGGGACAUUUUCAGAACAAGUCUAUGUUGAUUAACUUGUACACAAAAUGAAUACUGUUGAUAUAUAUACUAUAUUUAAGUCUCAGUUAUGGAAGCCUUAAGAUCAGAGGAAAUGCACUUUCACAUUUUCAUAUCCUGGUCAGAAGGGCUUCAUUUUAUUAUUUAAUGAAAUGAACAUGAAUGUCCUGUUGUAAACCACUUUUGUCUCCAACAGGACACAUUUGCUGCAUAAUGUGCUUUUAUAAUGGCACAGUAAAGUGAAGCGUGUUACACAGUGAUAUAAUGCAUUAGUGGAAUAUGACUCUAUGCUGAAGACAGGUACCUGAUUAACGUGAGCUGUACACCUGAUGCUGAGCUUGUGCUGAUGAUGUUCCUCCUGACUGCCGUGUUUCUGGUGCCUCCCUCACACACAUACAGACAGGAGGAGACCAGUAUAAAUAGCACAUCAUCACAAACACUGACAAAAGACACUCGAGAAGAAACCAGGACAACAAGAAUCCUCAUUUAUUUUCCCACUCGAGCAGAACAACUGCAUGUGGAACUGAACACCUGUAGCGUGAGUGAUCCACCCCCACACAGCAUCAUGUGGCCUGUCCUCCUCGUGUAUCAUCUUGUCCUGAUUCUGCAGUUGGAGGCUCAGAGUCCCUGCCUCACCCAUCCUACAUUCAGAGAGCCAGACAACUCGGACAUCACGGUGAUGUGUGGCACGAACAGGAUAGAUCUGCAGAUUUUGUUGUGUCCCAUGUAUUUCAAUGGAUACAGUGAAUCGAUGGUGGCUCUGAAUAGUCAGUUCUCCACACCUGAAUGCAGAGGAAUUGCAGACUGGUUCGUCGACCCUCCUGUUGUCAGAUUCCAGUUCUACAUCACUGAGCCAUACUUGUCUAUUUGCUCCAAUAAACUCACGAUCAGUCAGGAGAUUGGAUCUGGGCUUUUCUCGGACUUCUCCAGUGUGCAGUCGGUGAACAUCUCUGGAGUGGUGAACACUCAGGACCCCAACGCUGGGACCAUCACUUACAAGCAGGAGAUAAAGUACAUGUUCUCCUGCCGAUACCCACUGCAGUACCUGCUCAACAACACCGAGAUCAGCGUAUCUGGAGUUAGUCUGGCCAUUAAAGACAACAAUGGCAGUUUUAUCAGCACUCUCAGCAUGCAUCUUUUUGAGGAUUUGGCAUAUACAACUCGUCUCUCCAUUCCUCCAGUGGGUCUUAAUCUGAAGACCAGGGUUUUUGUGGAAGUUCGAGCUACUAAUCUCACCCAAAGGUUUAAUGUUUUGUUGGAUCGAUGUUAUGCAACCACUAGUCCUUAUCCAGAAAACAGCACAUCAUUUGACCUGUUCAUUGGAUGUUACAAAGAGCCACAGACCGUGAUGUUUGUGAACGGAGAGCUUCAGACUGCACGUUUCUCCUUCGAGACGUUUCGCUUCACCGAGCACAGAAACAGGACAGUGUCCACCUCUUACAUCCACUGCGCCACCAGACUCUGUGAGAAGACUUUCUGCAGAUCCUUACGGCAGAACUGCACAGUGUUAGGAAGAAAGAGAAGAGAAGUGCAGUCGGCUCAGGGAACUUCAGUCAGUGAUGUCGCCACCAUCACUUCUGGACCAAUUGUUACCAAAGUGGACGGUAAGAACAAUCAGAGGUUUAUAUAAGAGAAGAGAAAAGAUAAAUAUAUACAGUUGAAGUCAGGAUUAUUAGCCACACUG